UGAGCCGAGCAAAGGAAAAGUGAAAACUGCUGCAGUCCCACCACCAUUCCGCCCAGUUGACAUUCUUUUGACAAAAGCCGCUGGCCUUGUCUCUCGACGAGAUGCUCGAUCAUUAGCAUCACAGUCGUGGCGGAGACGCAGCAAAUUGCUAUGCAAUGCAGUGCGCACUUGGCGAAAUGCAUUCUUGAUUUCAGGCCAUUUUUCCAAAGUGCUUAAAUACCGUCAAAUAUCUUAGGAUAUCAUUGAGGUUUCUUUCGAACUUUACUUUAAUUUCCGGCCAUCCGCCCAUUUUCGGUCAACCCUAAAGUGAAAGCCUGACAUCCGAAUAUUUUUGCCGUGUGGAACGUGCUGCCAAUUUACGAUUCAGACGGCGCUGCGCCGCCCGAAAAGGAACCCCAAACGAUGCAACUGGGUCGGCCGGGUGCAAUGCAACUCGUACUCGCACAAAGGAAACAAAGGCACUAAGUUGCGGCGACAUGUAGCGCUUUAAGCUGUGGCAAGCGAGCGAGGCCAAUGAAUACCAAGCGAAUCGAUAGUGCGAAAUCGAACUCCGGGGGCAGCGUCAGCAGGGCUGGCAUUUUUCUGCUCGGUCGACCCAGUGUGCGGAAAAGCAAUUUCGGUCUGAGCCACCUCAAGUAGCUGCCGCUUUUCCGGCUUUCCCGCCACUCCCGUUUUCCACUAGGGCAAACGAUUUGCAAAUUUUACGAACGCACCACUGGGUAUUGCUCACAACCAAUCGAGGGCAUUAGCUGGGCAAAAAAUACAAGACGUCUUAACCAAACACGGAGCAAAUGUUCAAUUUUCAAGUCAAUCAACUAGAAAAAACUUGCACUCACUCGCUGCGCAAAUCCUUUGCGUAUAGGUUUCCGGCAUGGAAUGCUGGAUUUCGGGCCCAAAGUUCUUGCAACUCGGAAUUAAGCGAUUAGAUGGAAGUUUGCCACCCAGUUGGCACGCAUAAAUUAUUCCAAGUUUCCGCUUCUGUCGCCAGCAGAUUCGCACACUGAAAAAAAUUAGACUCCCACAACUAAAAAGCAUAGGAUAUACACGACUCGGUUGCACAAUGGACGCGCAUUCCACAGCCGUCGCAGGAUACAUAGAUACGGAACUGGACUUCGGCGAGGACAUGGAUGAGCACGAAGAAUUGGAGAAAGUGGGUCAGCCUGAGAAUUUGUUAGCGAUGGUGCGGCGCCUGCAGGCGAACCACAUGUGGAUCCGGGAGCAGAUGACUCACCUACAGCGCCGCCUGGUGACCCAUCGGCUGGACAAGCAAAGAAGCCUCUACGAGGGAAAGGAGCGGUUGCAGCUACUCCUGCUGAGCCUGCAGGUGAAAUACGGACGCCACUGGGCACUGUAGGGGAAUCGAUGGACGAUGGAGCUUGGAAUUCGGUUGUCAACACUUCAGGAUGAUGAUUCGACGAGCGUGGAAAAGUACAAGCGAACUGUCAUGAUGCAAGAUGAUGUAAUGAUGUUCUCAAAUUCGAUUGCGCUAACACAUCUUAAGUUGUGCUAAAUAAUUCAUGGUUGAAUAAUUCUUUAAUAGUUGUUAUAGGAAGAUUAAUCAUAAAAGCCUCAACAAUAUUAAAUUUAUAACGAAAAUUACUAAGGAACCUUUUUUAUAAAGUUUGUAG